UACACAGGUGCAUGCCGUUGAUGCCUGCCGUCAUAGGUUGGUGGGCCAUGAAAGGUCCAUUCUUGAGGCUGGCGAUAUGAUCCGUAGAGACCCCGUUUGCUUGGCCUGAACUUCGGAGGGGCUGCUGGAGGAUGAAAGGAAGUCUCUGCUUUCUUUUGUGGUCUUCAGAAACCGAACAAGUCCAGGCCCUGCACCUCGCUGCACACCGUCCCGGGAUUAUCAUGAUCUGGCAUCGCUUUCGCACCCUCCUAUGCUCAAAGUUGAUAUUAUCUCUCACUUACGUUACUCAUGUUUUAUUUUUACCUUUUUUUUUUUUCCGAUCUCGGUGCUCCUUUCCUGCAUUUUCAUCCUCCCCACCUUGUCGACAACCCUGUCUGUCUCUGCUAUGAUAUCCACUAGCUUCCAAGGCAGCGUCCUCGUGACACCAUCAGCGGGGCUCAAUGGCGAGUUGUCGAGCAGAUAAACAAGUCGAGGUCACCCGUCC